AUGGACUCGCAGAUGAACAACCUCCUUAAAUGGAGCAUCGAAAACUCCGGUCCCGCCCAGCCCAGCGAUUCCGAGCAAGUCAAGCAAGACCAUUCCCGCAGCCGCCUUGACGCCGACGCUCUCCAGCGCCUCAUCGGCAACGCGCCCUCGGACGCUGAACUGAUGAAAGCCGCCAUGGAGGUGAUCCACAGCGAGGACGCCACUCUGGAAAACAAGCUCAUCGCAUUCGACAACUUUGAGCAAUUGAUCGAGAAUUUGGAUAAUGCGAAUAACAUGGGCGUGCUGGGUCUGUGGACGCCGUUGGUGGCGGCGCUGGGGCAUGGGGAUGCGGAGAUGAGGAAGAUGGCGGCGUGGUGUAUUGGGACGGCGGUGCAGAAUAAUGAAAAAGCGCAGGAUAAGUUUCUGGACUUUAAAGCGAUUCCGACCCUGCUUUCGUUGGCACAGACGGAUCCUGAGACGGCCGUCCGCCGAAAGGCGAUUUACGCGCUCUCUUCAGCGGUGCGGAAUCACCAGGCGGCGCUUGAUGAAUUGCAAAAGCAUUUGCCGAGUGAUUAUGCUCCCGACAGUGGGAAACUGAACGCUAGUGAUAUGGACGGGAUCGAUGCGAUUAUGAAUAAAUUGAAAGAGGUUCCGGCGUAG